AAGGAGGUUACAAAGCUCAGAAUCCUCAGAACUCGACCUGCCCUGACAGCGUCUGAGCCACCAUGGGAACCCGAGGUGACAUGUAUCCAUUGGGGCUCUGCAUCGCCCUGUGCCUGGGGGGCACCAUGGCCCAGAAUAACGGCACACAAGGUACCACUGAGGACUGCAACAGCCAUAUGCUAUGCCCAGCAAACGCCACGUGUGUGAACAACACCCACUGCACCUGCCUGGAUGGAUACCAGCCACAUGGGAAUCGCUUCUUCACUGACCCAACGGAGAUCUGUGACGAUAUUGACGAGUGUCUGGGGCCGAGCCCGCCAGACUGUGGACCCAAAGCAAACUGCGCCAACGUGGCUGGGAGUUACUACUGCUUCUGUAGCGAUGGCUACGAGCUCAGCUCUGGGAAAGCCAAUUUCACGAACGCGAGUGAGAACUCCUGCAAGGAUAUUGACGAGUGUCAGGGCCUGAGCCCGGCAGACUGUGGACCCUACACAAACUGCACCAAUGUGCCUGGGAAUUACUCCUGCACCUGCAUCGAUGGCUACGAGCCCAGCUCUGGGAAAGCCAAGUUCACGCACGCGAGUGACAACACCUGCCAGGACAUUGACGAGUGCCAGCGAAACACCACAAUCUACAUCGACGAGUGCCGCAAGACCACAGAUAUCUGCGGCCCCAACGCCACGUGUAUCAACACCUACGGAAGGUACUGGUGUGAGUGCCGGGCCGGCUACGUCCCCUCCAACAAAAACACGACCCUGUGCGAAGACAUUGACGAGUGCCGGCGAAACACCACAAUCUGUGAGCCCCACGGGACCUGCAUCAACAUGCCAGGGAGCUACAUGUGUAAAUGCAGUUGGGGAUUUGGGAAGAGUCUAAAGGAUCCAUCUAAGAUGUGCACAGACAUUGACGAGUGUCGCAAGACCCCAGAUAUCUGCAGCCCCAACGCCGCGUGUAUCAACACCUACGGGAGCUACCGGUGUGAGUGCCGGGCCGGCUACAUCCCCUCCAACAGAAACACGACCCUGUGCCAAGACAUCGACGAGUGCAAGAAGACCCCAGGUAUCUGCGGCCGCAACGCCACGUGUAUCAACACCAACGGGAGCUACUGGUGUGAGUGCCGGGCCGGAUACGUCCCCUCCAACGGGAACACGACCCUGUGCGAAGACAUCGACGAGUGCCGCAAGACCCCAGAUAUCUGCAGCCCCAGCGGCACAUGUGUCAACACCUACGGAAGCUACUGGUGUAAGUGCCAGGCCGGCUACGUCCCCUCCGACGGGAACAUGACCCUUUGCCAAGACAUCGACGAGUGCAAGAAGACCCCAGAUAUCUGCGGCCCCAACGCCACGUGUAUCAACACCAACGGGAGCUACAGGUGUGAGUGCCGGGCCGGCUACAUCCCCUCCAACGGGAGCACCACCCUGUGCAAAGAGCUCACCUGCCCCCCGCUGCUGGAUGAUGACAACUCUGCCAAAGCCAAGGUGAGUGGGGCACAGACCCCGGGGAUCGGCAGCAUCAGGCUGCUGCUGCAACUCGCUUCAGCUUGCAACCGCCGUCCCCCCCCAUCCCUUGCAAACGCCGUGCACCCCCUAGGGGCCAGACGGGGCAUUGCCCGCGCUCCCUCUGGCGCCUGGCUUCUGAGCCGAGGGAGCCUCUCGGGACGGGGGGAGGUGGGCUGCGAUUCUGUGAUCUCUUUUCCUGAGCCAGGCCUGGGCCUUGUUUUGCAGAACUUCCUGGGCAGCUUCCCAGCACAGGUGGGACGUCUCUGCAAGGCGGCGCUGGAGGAGCUGAAGCAGAUGAAGGCUCAGAGCGCUGAGUCUGUGAUGGGGCAGGUGCAGGGCUUCUUGGACAUUCUGGAGAAGCAGAUAAAUCUGGUCGGGCAGCAGAGCGAGAGCGUGGAGCAGAGACACCGGAGCGCGACGGAGCUGAUGGCCAUAGUGGAGAAGCUGCUGAGAACGCUGGCCCUGACCCUGCGUGACAGCACGAUCAGCAUCGCAUCCCCCAAUGGCACAGAGCUGGGGCUGGCGGUCAGGCAGGCUGGGAACCAGAGCCAGGAGACCGUGACGCUGCAGCAGAGCAAGACGCAGAUGGAAUUAAAGUGGGCCGGAGCCCCAGGGCAGAAAAAUGAAGGCUUCACGCUGGCCGGGCUGCUGACAUACCAGGGGAUGAGCCCCCUCCUGGACGGUGCUGGGCGGGUGGAGGCGCCCGAGUGGGACGAGAUCGGCCAGACGGGGAAGCGGGCGCAGGAGCCCGGGCGGCCCAGCUACCGUGUGCUGUCUCCAGUGGUGUCGGCCUUCAUCAGUGACCCGAACUCCCAGGCACUCGGCCUCUCCGUCAGCAUCCGCUUCAGCCACCCGGUGCCGGAGAACAAGACCAACCUGCGCCUCCUCUGCGCCUACUGGGAGCCUGACAGCAGGCGCUGGGCCACCAACGGCUGCACCCUGCAGAAGUUGAACGCCACCAUCACCCGCUGCCAGUGCAACCACCUGGCCAGCUUCGCCGUGCUCAUGGCCUUCUACGAGCUGGAGGGAAAGCGGAGCGUCGGAAGCAGCGGGUUUUGCUCUUUCUUUAAUUCAGCCUUAGAGAUUUUGAUGUCCACGUGUGGAAAUGGGAGUGCGGCGUUAUCACUGGAGAACGCGACUCUCCCUUUCAAUGCCCUCCUGAACAGCACCUCCCUCUGGGAUGGCGGAGACAAGAGGGACGUGGGGUCGGCUGUGACGGUCCUGCUGCUGAGCGUGGAAUGGGCUGCGCUGGCCACUGCGCUCCGGUCUCCAGAUAAGACAACACAGAACAUGACGACAGAGUCUAUGGCUAUCCAGACGCGGCUCGUCACAGGGAACUGCAGCCGGGACAGUGAGGUCUUCACGCUGAGAGCUCACGAGGAGACGAUGGUCGUGCACUGUGAUACAGUCACCGGGGCAGCCACACAAGGUACCAUCCUGGGGAUGGAGACACCCAGGGCCCAAACCACAGCACAGAGCGGUUCCUGGGCACUGAACCCCAGUCUGGGUUCCCCCGUUCCUCCCUCCCUCCCCAUGGAUCCCCAGGCCGGGCCCUGGCCUCUGUCUCUAGCCCUGGAGGGCUCCUUGCUGGCUGAGCCAGUGGUUCUCAGGCUGUGGCCAUGGAACGGGAGACCCAUUCACCUCUCCAGACCCGCAAACUUCACCCUGCGCCACAGACAGGCGAAAAAAGAGGAGGAAGAGGCUCUCUGUGUCUACUGGAAAGUAGUGGCUGAGAGCGGCAGCUGGUCUCCGGACGGCUGCACAGCCGUGCACACGAACAGCACUCACACCAACUGUAGCUGUGACCAUCUCUCCAGCUUCGCUGUCCUAAUGGCUCCCACCACAGUGACGGAGAGUUACCCACUGACCAUCAUCACCUACGUGGGACUGACCCUCUCCCUGCCGUGCCUCUUCCUCGCCAUCCUCACCUUCCUCCUGUGCCGCUCCAUCCGCAACGUCAGCACCUCCCUCCACCUGCAGCUCUGCCUCUGCCUCUUCCUGGCCGACCUGCUCUUCCUCACCCAGGUGACUCCCACCAGCAGUCAGGUGGCGUGUGCUGUCAUUGCUGGGCUCCUACACUACCUCUUCCUGGCCUGCUUCUCCUGGAUGUUCCUGGAGGGGCUGUUUCUCUUCCUCACCGUCAGGAACCUGAAGGUCGUGAAUUACACCAGCGCCAGCCGGUUCAAGAAGAGAUUCAUGUACCCGUUCGGCUACGGAUUCCCAGCCCUGGUGGUGGCUAUUUCUGCAGCAGUGAAUCCUGACGGCUACGGAACUUCCGAACACUGCUGGCUCAGCCCGGAGAGAGGCUUUCGUUGGAGCUUCCUGGGUCCAGUCUGUGCCAUAAUCCUGAUAAAUAUAACGUUCUUUGCCCUGACCCUGUGGAUCCUGAGAAACAGACUCUCCUCCCUCAAUGCAGAUGUGUCCACCCUCAGAGACCACAGGUUACUGACCUUUAAAGCCAUCGCCCAGCUCAUCAUUCUGGGCUGCACAUGGAGCCUUGGUCUCCUCCAAGUCGGCCCAGCAGCCACGGUCAUGGCGUAUUUAUUCACCAUCGUCAACAGCCUGCAGGGAGCCUUCAUCUUCCUGGUGCACUGUCUCCUCAAUCGCCAGGUGAGAGAGGAGUACAGGAGAUGGAUCAAGGGAUUCCGAAUGUUCAGCAUGAAAUCUCAGACUUACGAUCUAUCCAUGUCUGCUGUCCCCACCACCAGCACCAAGACGGUAAGAGGUCCUCUGCUCUGUUCCAAUACCAGCCUGUGACACAGUCAUCUCUAGCUGGGUCUCAUUACUGCUG